AUCAAAAGGCCAAAUUUUGGCAAAAAAAAUCGUCAAAAAUAUAUAAAAUUGUCGAGUCUGGCAGCCCUGAUGCAGGGCCUCAUGUCGAAAUAAAUGAAACACCCUGUGUCGAAAUAAAUGCAACACGCUGUUAUUUGAAUGCCACCAUCUUAUACAAUUGUUGAUGUUACAACUGACAGCUUGAAGCAUUGUUUACAUUUUUUAUUCUUUCCCCUUUCAUAUGAAUAUAGUAAUGAAAUAUUAAAAUAAUGGCCAAUCGAACAGUGAAAGAAGCCAAAAAUAUACAUGGAACGAAUCCACAGUACCUCAUCGAGAAGAUUAUACGCUCCCGUAUUUACGAUUCGAAAUACUGGAAGGAACAAUGUUUUGCUCUCACCGCUGAGCUUUUAGUGGACAAAGCCAUGGAACUGCGCUAUAUUGGUGGAGUGUUUGGCGGCAAUAUAAAGCCGACACAAUUCCUAUGUUUAACUUUGAAAAUGCUACAAAUCCAACCGGAAAAGGACAUUGUGGUGGAAUUUAUUAAAAAUGAAGAGUUCAAAUAUGUGCGAGCAUUGGGAGCAUUUUAUUUACGCCUCACUGGCAGCUCAUUGGACUGCUACAAAUAUUUGGAGCCAUUGUAUAUAGACAAUCGCAAAUUGCGUCGCCAAAACCGGUUGGGACACUUUGAAAUUGUCUACAUGGAUGAAUUUAUUGAUGAAUUGCUACGUAGCGAUCGUGUGUGUGACAUUAUAAUGCCCCGCCUGCAAAAACGUGCUGUGCUGGAGGAGAACAAUGAGUUGGAACCGAAAGUUUCCGCUUUGGAUGAGGAUUUGGAUGAAGAAGUUAUGAGCGAUGAGGAAGCACCACCACCCGCUGAACAAGAUGCAAAACCACAAUCAUCGAGAAAAUUGCGCAAAGAACGUUCCAAAUCUUUAUCCUCUUCUCCUGAACGUAGAGAUGGUCCUGGACAAAGCAACCGUUCGCGUGACUACUACGAAAGUCUGGAUGAAUAUCAACGAGAACGUGAUAGGCGGGAGCGAAGAGAUAAAGAAAGAAGAAGAGAUGAUAGGGAUAGAAGAGGAGGUGGUGAUACUGGUGGCCGCUAUGAUGACCGCGAUUACGAGAGAGAUCGUGAGAAAGACCGUCGUCGUUACGACUAUCGUGAUGAUCGUAGGGCCGGAGGGGGAGGCCAUGAAAGAGAUCGUCGCGAUCGUAGGUACUAAAAAGUAAUCUUAAGUUAAUGCGACUUUUUUUUAUUAAACAAAAUCUAAUGUAUAAUACAAAAUAAAAUUUAAACAUUAUUUUUAAUUAUAUAUUGGGUUGCCCAAAAAGUAAUUGCGGAUUUUUCAUAUAGUUGGCGUUGACAAUUUUUUUCACAGCUUGUGACUCUGUAAUUGCAUUCUUUCUUCUGUCAGUUAUCAGCGUUACUUUCACCUUGCUUUAGAAAAAAAGUGUAAAAAAGUAUAUUUGCUUAAAGUUCAUUCUAAGUUUUAUUAAAAAUGCAUUUAAUUUCUUUUAAAAAAUCCACAAUUACUUUUUGGGCAACCCAAUAGUUUUUGUCAUGCAUUUGUUGUCAUACAUGUUGUUGGCUGUACUUUAGAACUUUAUCACAGAAUGAAAUUUAGGCAUUUUCCGAGGAAAUAUUGAAGGGUCAUUGAUAACAUUGUUGAGGCAGUUGAUUAACGUCGACAAAGAAUAAUGAAUGUACAAUAAAAUAACAGGAAUACGUGACCAUCAUCAUUUGGAUUGGAUUAAAAACUUUCAUAAUAUUUAUUUAUAACUUCUGAAUGAACACGUUAAAUAAAAAAAAACAAAAAUCUAACAUUUAA